AUGUUGUGUAAGGAGAACAUUGAAGAGAGACUCCUAACGAAGCCAAAACGCAGAUGGAAGCCAAACUUUCGUCAGCUAUGUUCACGGCUUCGUUUUCUGCUUCAUUCAACCGCGAACAAAAAAAAACCUUCUUUCUCUCUUUCUCUAUAUCUCUCACGUAUGCACUCAUACAGAAGCUCUUGCCGCCCCCACCCCUACCCACGCUCUCUCUUUCUUCCUUUCAUCCUUAAAAACAACAUCUAUCUAUCUAUCUAUCUAUCUAUCUAUCUAUCUAUCUAUCUAUCUAUCAUGAUCUCUUCAACAUCUAUCUAUCUAUCUAUCUAUCUCAGUUUAUUCAUUAUCUAUCUAUCUAUCUAUCUAUCUAUCUAUCUAUCUAUCUAUCUAUCUAUCUCAGUUUAUUCAUUAUCUAUCUAUCUAUCUAUCUAUCUAUCUAUCUAUUUAUUCAUUAUUUAUUCAUUAUCUAUCUAUCUAUCUAUCUAUCUAUCUAUCUCAGUGUAUUCAUUAUCUAUCUAUCUAUCUAUCUAUCUAUCUAUCUCAGUGUAUUCAUUAUCUAUCUAUCUAUCUAUCUAUCUCAGUGUAUUCAUUAUCUAUCUAUCUAUCUCUCUAUCUAUCUUAGUGUAUUCAUUAUCUAUCUAUCUAUCUAUCUAUCUAUCUAUCUAUCUAUCUAUCUAUCUAUCUAUCUCAGUGUAUUCAUUAUCUAUCUAUCUAUCUAUCUAUCUAUCUAUCUAUCUAUCUAUCUAUCUAUCUAUCUAUCUCAGUGUAUUCAUUAUCUAUCUAUCUAUCUAUCAUCUAUCUAUCUAUCUAUCACUGUCGACUCAUCCUUUUAAGUUAUUCAUUGAAUUCAAUUUAGUACAACACCAGUGUGCACCUUAUUUAAAGUGUCAUCAUUCUUUCGUUUCAUCUUGGAACUCGAUCUUUGCCAUCCAACACGUCAGGUGUCACUUUCUCGCCACCUCCUACUGUUCUUCACUGACUAUACUGUCUCGUCUCCUUGGACCCAACUCAUUUGGCAGAGGCCGGCGGCCAUUUUGCGUUGAUCGGCUGAAUGUCGCACCGAUGUUCGUACAUGUCGGAUGUAACAGCUAA